UCACUAAAAAAAUACCGUACAAAACAUUUUAAGAAAAAUUCCGUCGCUUUUAUUUGCUGUUGCUACUAGAAAAAAACUCAAUUAUACUUGCUAAACUAACGGUUAAUCGGUUUCUACGAAGGGCUUUACGCGUAAUUAGAGAGUGCGCGCAGAACGCGUGGCGAAAACUGAUUGGAAAACGGUUUUUCAUACGCAGCGCGCGUGUGAGUGUGUGUGUGUGUGUGCCCCAACUUUCUGUGGCAAGCUGCACGGUUGUUAAAUAAAUGUCUCGCUUUUAUGCAAUAACAAAAUCUGCAAAUUCCCCCCAUUAAGCGUAAAAAUGUGAAAAAGGGGCAACAAAAAAAACCAAUUUCUCAAUGUUGUGUCAAUACAGCGGGAGCGACGUACGAAAAGUCAAAAUAGAGGAGAAUGGAAUAACACAAAAAGCGAAUAACACGAAUAAAGGAAAAAUCGAAAUAAUAAACGUGUGUGUGUGUGAGCGAGUGAGAUUCUGUGCGCGUGUGAGUGUGUCAAUGUGUGUGUGAGAGAGUGAAACGUAUAAAUAAAAUUCAGCCAAAUGCAGAAGCCAACAACAAAAUGGAUAACAAAACUACACAGUUGGAUUUUAAAUUACUGGUGGAUCAAUCACUAAAUCUACUGGACAGCCUCAACACGGCAUUGCGGUGCGAUGCUAUUCAAUUCUUGCUGCAGUCGCUCAAGUGCAAGUACCCGGAGGCCUGCGACCAAGUCGUCAGGAGUCUCUUCAGUCACGUAGCUGCAGCCAAUGAUAAUGGGGGUGGGGCAGGAGGAAGGUCGCAGCAGCAUGAGCUAGCGAGGACGAAGCAGCUGCAGCUGCUGCUGACCGCCAAGAAGGAGAAGAAGGAGCCUGGGAGCGGCUGCGAGGCGGAGAUCAAGCGCGAGAACGACGAGGAGGAGUCGGGAUCGACGGAUCUCAACCAGAACUUCGAGAAGAUCCUCUGCAAGGAGGAGUUCCUGUGCCUCGAGGAGGAGGAGGAGGACUUCCUCGACGAUGCGGACACGCAGAACUCGUCUUCCCUGCAGUUCCAUGCCGCGGGCAACAAUGUGGACGCCCUGGCGGCCAUGGGCUCCCUGGGCGAUCCACUGGACCUGAUCCAGAGCGGCGUUUCGCUGCUGGUCAAGCGAAAGUAUGCGGCCACCUUCGAGGAUGAGGAGCCAGGAGGCGAGGAUGCGGAGGAGGCCAACAGCAACUGCAGCAGCGGCGAUGGGAAGCUGGUCAAGCGGAAGCGCACCAACAACAUGCACCUGACCACCCUGACGACGAGUGUGCGGCGGAAAGAGGAGCACAGCCGGCUGGGCGAGGGCUAUGUCUUCCACGAGGACGGCCAGUACACGAUGCGGUAUCACCACAGCACCGGCGAGUUCAGCGAGCGGGCCUUCAAGGCCCAGUUCCGGGCUCUGCUCCGCCUGGCGCUCAGCCAGCACCACAAGCCCUUCCUGCGGCAGUUCUACGAGAACUUCGUGGUGACCGGCCGCCUGCUGGGCACCACGCCCUCGGCGCGGGUCCUCAAGGAGCUGCGCGAGCAGCGGCUGGAGGAGUGGCGCCGUCAGCGGGAGCGCCGCCAGCUGGUCAUUCUGAUGAGGCAGAGCGAGCUGCAGCGGGAUGAGGAGAUAAAGCAGCAGCGGCAGAAUCAGGAGGAGAUUCAGCGGCAACAGGAGCAGCAACUGGAGGAGAUUCAGCAGAGGCAGCAGCAACUGGAGGAGAUUCAACGGCAGCAGCAACUGCCGGCCAUCUCGUUUGGCGACUCCGAACUGGAGUCCGAAACGGAAUCGCAGCUCUCGUCGGCUGCCCAAGAGAUUAUGAAGUUCGAGGAGUUCAUUGACGAGGGCGUGGGCGCUGGUCGUCUGAUCGAUGGUCUGGAGAUGGAGCCCGAGAUCGAUGAUAUGCUGGCUGGGGCCGGCAGUGCCUUGGGCAGUGUGAACAGCGCCAGCGGGCACAGCAGCAACAGCAGCAGCAGCGGAGGAAGUGGAAGUGGCGCCGGUAAUGGGGUGAUCCUGGAGAACAAUAGUCAUCAUUCGCAUCCCCUAAGUAGCAGCAGCAGCGCAAAUCUUGUGAUCAACGGCCUUACGUCAAGCAAUAGCAUCAGCAACAAUAAUAAUAAUAACAGUAGCAACCACAAUGUCGGUCUGCACCGCCCGCAACUGACGCCGCAGGCGCAGAAUCAGUUGGUCGCUGGAUCGAUGAAGCCCACAGACCAUUUGCAGUCCAUGUCCAUGCCCAUGGAGAGCAGCAGGGAUCCCAAGACGAUCCUGCCGGGCGGCAGUUCAGGGCAGCUCGGUAAUCAGAUUCAACUGCAUCAACAGCAAAAGCAGCAGCACUACAACUCAAGCAAUAAUCCCCUGUCGAUGAUGGGUGGCAUGAUGCAGCAGCAGCAGCAGCAACAGCACUUGAACAUGCCGAUGCAACAGCGACAGAUGAUGAUAAUGCCGGAGGAAAUGCUGCAGCAUGGCUCCCUGAUGAUGGCCAAUCGUCAAAUGCCGGCACUGGCUGCCCUGUCCAAUCUGGGCGAUCCUCCUUCCGUCGGCGGGCAGCUGAACUCCUCCAUGGAGCUGGACGACAACGACCUGUCGGCGGACGAGGAUGACGAUGACUUGGACCACGACAUGGACGACAUGGAUGCGGCCAAGCAGCAGCUAAUCGACGGCGGCAGCAGCAGCAGCACCUCGCUGCAGGCGCCGCCAUCGCAGCAUGGAAGUGGCAGUGGGGGAAGCGGCGGUCAGACGCCCGGCAGCAAAAAGGACAAGCCCAGCUACAACUGUCUGCUGUGCCCCAAGUCCUAUCGCAAGCGCAAGUCCCUGCUGGACCACUACAAGAUGCAUCCGGGCUACUGCCACGACUGCGGUCAGCGCAACGGGAAUACGCUGGAGGAAAUCAUCCACCACAACCGGACGAUGCAUGUGAAGGAGUUCCCGUUCGUGUGCGAGACCUGCGGGGAGUCGUACUCCCGCAAACAGCAGUUCCACGCCCACGUGGAGUCGCACAACAAGAAGGAAAUCAAAACCUUUCCCUGCGGCGAGUGCGGCCUGAAGUUUCCGCAGAAGAAACUGCAGCAGCAUUUCGAGGAGACGGGCCACAAGGCCGACGGGGCCAUUUGCGAGGUGUGCGGCGAGGAGUUCCAGUCGAAGAACGCCCUCUACCAGCACAUCAUUCGCGUGCACAAGCGCGACAACUUCUUCGAGUGCCACAUUUGCCAUAACCGCUUCACGCUGAAGGCCAACCUGGAGCGGCACGUGCAGCUGCACACCGAGAUCAAGCGGCCCUACGUGUGCGAUCUGUGCGGCUCGUCCUACUUCACAUAUCCCGCGCUCAAGGAGCACUACAGCAACGCCCACGUGGACGUGUCCGAGUGCAAGUGCACGCUGUGCGGCAAGCGCUUCGGAUCGGCCAAGUCGCUGCAGCGGCACCUGCCCUCCCACUCGGAGGAGCGGCCGCACUGCUGCAACUAUUGCGAUCAGACCUUCAAGUGGAAAACGCACCUGGUGCGUCACAAACAGACGAUGCACGGCAACGAGCCGCCGCCUCCUAAAAAGGGAAAGCAGCGCUUUCCCAAGGCAAACGAAGAAGCAGAAAUGGCUAGCUUACCGGAUAUGCCCGGUCCGCCGCCUGUGAAGGCCAGCAAAAAGGCAGUGACCAGCAAGGCGAAAGCGCAGGCAGCCGCCGCCGCAGCAGCAGCAGCAUCCUCCCAGCAGCAACAACAGCAGCAGGCGAAGGGCCUGGCAGCCACGCCAACGCCUCCGCCGCCCGUGUCCACCACGCCGGGUUGCCUGCAGCAGGAUCAGUUCAAUGCGGCCAUGGUCAGCAGCAACAGCUCGCAAUCCUCCACGGCGUCCACGUCGCAGCACUCGGUGUCGACGAGUGAAUCUCAGCAGAAUUCCAUGUACAAUCAGAGCUUUAAUGCGGAGAAACAGCAGCAGCCGCCGAAUGCCUUGCAUCAGCAACAUCCAACACCGCCGCCGACACAACAGCAACAGCAGCAGCAACAACAGCAGCCGCCGCCGCCUCCACAGUCGCGAGUUGCACCCGGAGAAUUGCAUCUGCAGCGGAUGAAUAGCUUUGGCCAGGAUGGACAGUUUCAUUUCGAGUCCAAUCCGGCAGCUGGUGCCUAUCAGCAGCAUCAGCUGAUUAGCCAGUAUCAGCAACAGCAGCAGCAGCAGCAACAAACGCCCCAGCAGCAGCAACAUCAUCUCGCCCAGCAGCAGCAGCAGCACAUGAGGAGCCACACGCCCCAGAGUCCACAUCCUCCGCAUCCCUCGCAACUCCAGCAGCAGCAACAACAGCAACCGCAGCCGCACUUUAGCUCCCCACACCACAUGCCUCCGAUGCACCAUCAACACCAGCUGAUGAUGCAGCAGCAACAUCGGCACAACCAGCGAUCGCCGCUUCACCAUCAUCCUGCAGCCCAACAAUUGCAACAGCAGCACCAGCAGCCAUCGCAUUCGCCACAGCAUGCGAGACUGCAGUCGCCACAACCUGCUCCAGUACAACAACAGCAACAGCAGCAGCAGCAGCAGCAACAGCAAUUCUUGCAGCAACAGGCCACCGACUCGUGGGGCAACAUGAACUUUGGCAAUCCGCCCAACAACCAGCAGGUUGAGCUCAAGGAUAACAAGUUCUACAUUGUGGAACCCUCCGAGUUCCUAGGGCUUCCAAUGAAUGUGCCGCCUUCGCCGCAGCAACAACAACAGCAGCAGCAACAGGCUGUCAGUAAACCCCAGCAGCAGCCGCAGCAAGCGGAUCCUACACUCGCUGGCGAUCUGAUGGGCUUCCAGCACAUGUGGCCGGCGCCCGGAUUCAGCCAAUCUCCACAGCAGCAGCAGCAGCAGCAGCAACCUCAACAACAGCAACAGCAGGCGGCGCAGCAGCAACAGCAGGCCCAGGCGAAUUCAAGUGAUCCCCACAACUACAACAACAUCGGCAGCAUACUCACGAAUCUCAUUGACACAAAUCCCGCGCCAAUGGAGUACAAUUUCGACUUGAUGCAGCAGCAACAACAGACGCCAUCGGCCCAACAGCAGCAGCAGCAGCAACAGCAGGCGGCGCAGCAGCAACAUCACAGUGUUGCAGGAGGCUAUGCGAGCAGUUUGAUGCGCAGCGGAGGCGGAGGCGUCUACGGAGGAGCCUAUGACCACCAGCACUUGAGCGAGCAGCUGGUCAGCGAGCAGCAGAAGCAGAACAGCUUUCAGCCCUACCACCUGCAGGCGCAGCAGCAGCAGCAGCCAUUGCAUCCGCAUCUGUUGCCCCCGCCAGCGCCGCACGGCAAUGUCUACGAUCGCACGGGCGUUGGAGUUGGAGUGGGCGUAGGAGUGGGCUAUCCCAUGCUGGGCGAUGAUACAAAGGGCGUGCUGCCGCCCAUGAUGGGCGGCAUGAUGCAGCAAAUGCCGCCGCACGGGCAGCAACCGGAUCUAAUCUACUACCCAGUGAAGAACGAUUGACAGUCGAAGCAGCAGCAGCAGCCGCCGAAUCACCAUCACCACCAUCGCUGGUGGACGGAGCCAGCCAAGAGAGGCGAUGUUUUUCAUUGAAAUGAAAGAAGGGAAAACAGGAAAACAAAAACAGUAAACGGAAUACGGAACAAGUUCGCUUAGAUUGUAAGAGUGUAGAUGGGGAAAAAGGGGUGGAUGUGUGGAUAGAGUUGUAGAUAAGGGCAAUCCACAUAUUUUUUUGAAAUUAAGAGCAAUAACAUAAAGAUUAGAGCGGAAAGAGCUCAGAGAAUUUCUAAUCCGACCGGCGCUAUGAUACGUGUAUAAAAAAGUAAUCAUUUACAAAAAAUACAUCAGAUAAACGGAAGCAUGUAUACAUAAAUAAAUUCAGACAUAUACAUAGUAGCACCUAAGCAAGCAAGAGCAAGAAUUAAAUUAAAACCUAUAAAUAAUAAUAAAUAUAUAUAUAAAUUAUAUGAAACAUAUAUAUUAGGCUAAGCAACUACAAUAAUGGCAGACCACAAGCAACUUUCGAACAAAUUUUAUGCUUAUUUAACAUUUACCAUACGAGUUAUAAAUGUUUAAUCAAAACAAUCCAACAUUUAUUCAUAUGCAUACGAUAGCUAUGUAAACCAUAUUGUAGAUGAUUGAUUUGAGCUUGAGGUCGGGUCAUGCAUCACAAACAAAAACAAAACAAAAGCAACCGAAAACAAAAGUACACGACGCUUUGAGCCCGGGCCAAGCGCCACACAAAGUUGUAACCAUAUCAUGAGGCCUCUUCCCCGUAUAAUUAAUUGUAUUCUCGAUAGUGCUUGUUAUUUUCUAUUUAGUUAACGAAUUGAUUAUACUUAUAAAGCCUUUCUGCUGACUACCGCCAGCCACACUUUUGUUAGAUUAGUGCCUAAGUCUAGUUGAUAUCCCAAUGUAUACCUAUACCUAUACCCCGACAUUUUGUGGCUUUUUACACCCGACCAACCAAACCUUGUAUAGCUACUCUAUAGCAUUUCCGAUUUUCUCAAGCUCCCCUACUCUACUUCCAAUUUUAUUCAAUAUUUUUUCAAUGAAUUUCCUUAAAUUCAAGACACACAGGCCCCCCAAAAACAUUUAAGUUAAUCACAGCGUUGUUCUUGUUUUACACAUUAUUCAAAUUCAGCAACAUAAGAAUUUUAAAUUUAAGUGAAAGUUUAAAACGUUAAAUGUGUAAGCAUACUUUUAUGAACAAACAAAAAGAAAAGCGAAAAAAAAAUGAAACCAACAACAAACUUCACUAAAAUUAGGUUUGUAUUCUGGAUACAAAAAAAGAAGCAAAAUGGCAAUUAAAAAGAAUGAACACAAUAUAAAUAAAAUUUGUAU